AUGGAAGGUGAUAACUUGUCCAAAGAACAUAAGCCCAAAUUCCUUCACGAUGAGUUGCCCAAAGAACUUCAGGAAUUCUUAUCAACCUUACCAAUAGAAAAGGGAUGGCCAGUACCACACUACUACCAGUACCAAGGCGUGUGGUACAAUCCUAUUAUUCUUGAAGCAACUUUAACGUGUCAAAAGCACUUCCAAGCCAAUGACACUGAUAUUCUCCUUGUUUCCAUUCCAAAAGCAGGCACCACUUGGCUCAAGUCUUUGGCAUUUGCCUUACUUAACCGAGAGAGAUACCCUAAUAUCCAAACUCAUCCUUUGGUCACUAACAACCCUCAUGCUCUUGUCCCUUUCUUGGAGCUUGACCUUUACUCAGACCAACACUUUCUUCCUAAACUUCAGGCCUUAUCCUCUCCACGGCUCUUGUCUACACAUUUGCCUUAUAUCUCAUUGCCAACAUCUGUGAAGGAGUCCACUUGUAAGAUAAUUUAUGUCAGUAGAAAUCCUAAAGACACUUUCAUUUCAUACUGGCAUUUUGCAAACAAAAUGGUACAAAAAACGAAAGAACCCAUUUCACUUGAAGAGGCUUUUCAGUUGUUUUGCAGAGGAGUGAGUCCCUAUGGUCCAUUUUGCGAACACGUAUUGGCCUAUUGGAAGGCAAGUUUGGAGAGGCCAGAAAAAGUGUUGUUUUUGAGUUUUGAGGACAUGAAAAUGAGGCCAACGUUUUAUCUUAAAGAACUAGCUAAGUUUAUUGAGUGCCCAUUUUCUGAAGAAGAAGAGGCCCAAGGCAUGGUUGAUGACAUUUUGAAGCUGUGCAGUUUUGAUAACAUGAGGAACUUGGAGGCGAAUAAGGUUGGAAAGAUACCUUUGGGUAUGGAAAGCAAUACAUACUUCCGUCGUGGUCAAGUUGGAGACUGGAAAAAUUAUCUCACAGUUGAGAUGGUUGAACAUCUCAAUACUAUUACGGAAAAGAAGCUCGGAGAACACGGGAUUAAAUUUUCAGAUUUUACAGAGUAA